AUGAUGCUUAGCGGCACAUGUUUACGGUUGACCCUAGUGGCCGCCGUCUUCCUCAUUGCGGCGAUAUUCUUGAUUCCCCAGCUUCCCCACGUCGGCUACAGCGUGCCCACUCAGCUCGGGAGCCAUGCACCAACGACGCCAGUCAAAGAUCCCUCCACCAGCAAGCCCAACCCAGACAACAACGGCAAGGGGAAUGAUGCAGGACCAGUUGCGCCUGGCGCCGUUGCGUCCACUCCGUUCACAGACGCUGCGACGCCAUCACUUCCCGUGACGUCCGCUUCGAAACCAACCUCGGACUCGAUCAAAGACGCGAAACCCAGCUCCAAGACCACCUCGAGACUCGAAGCCGGCCAAUCCCUCUCGCCCUUCCUCCUGACCUCGCCUAGUGGCCGUUACGAGCUCCGCUUGCUCGACAGCGGCUCCCUCUCCCUCGUCGACACCAAGACCGAAGCCGAGCUCUUCACUUCCGACACCGAAUACUACUGGCCUGUCGCAUGGCAAGUUGAACUCACGCAGGAGGGCGUACUAAUGCUCUCCUGGUCCAACGAAACAGCUGCUCCAUACGGCGCGACACCAUGGAUAUCAAACAUGCUCCCCGAUUGCGCGUCCGCUGAUUCUGGCAGCGAGAAGCCCGUGCUCGAGCUUCUGGAUAGCGGCAAACUGCACAUCCACGUCGGUGGCAAGACGACAUGUACCUUGCAACGGGCAGCAGAUGACAAGGGGCGCGUCGCGAUCGUGUACACCGGUUUUCUGCGGUCGUAUCUUGAGACCUGCAAGGAUCAGAACGAGAAGCUGGUGAAGACGUGGACAGGCAGCGGUGGGGUUGAUGUCCAUGUCUUCACGUACGACACCGACGUCUACGAUGAGUCUGGCGGCGAAGAGGCUGAUGUGGAAACUAUCAACAAGCACCUCAAGUCCUGCUUCGGCGACGCCCUCAAAACCCUCGAGGUCAAGAAGCUGGAUGAUGUCAAGGAGAAGGCGGUUGACCCGCCAGAGAUCUUGGCGAAGGCCUGUGGCAACAAAUUGGACCACCAACUAAGCCAGUGGAAGGCUCUUUACCUCGCAAGCCAGCAGGUUCAGCACUACAUGGUCGAGAAAGGAAUCUCGUACGACUACAUCUACAAAGGCCGUCUCGAUCUGCAAUUCUGGGGCGACUCGCCCGCGCUCUCAUCCCUCAAGGUGCCCGAGAACGGCAUCCUUGCGCCCCGCGUCGCGUUGGACUGGACGUGGUACUCUAUGCUCCACGACGGCGAGCUCCGCGCCGGUGUAACCGACAUCACGGCUUUCGGACGGCCCAACGCCAUGUUCACGUACCUCGCCCUAUACCGCGAGUUCAUUUCUCUGCGAACGAUCGAGAAGGAGACUGCGAAAUGGAAGGGUUUUAACACCCAUUCGAGGGAGAAGACGUUCAAUGGCCAGGAGCCAUGUACGCCGGAGGGUAUUCUGGCCUAUUGGCUCCGAGUCAAUGGGAUCGCGGUGAAGACGGAGUGGCGGUUCCAGAUGGGAUUACUACGCAAGGGUGGGGAGGUGAUCUUCACCUGCCCUGAAGGUAGAGGCUGGCUGUGUCCUAACUUCAUACCAAAGGUGAACGAGGAUGGCACGUUUUCGUCGUAG